AUGUCAGUAUCAAUGAAUAUGAGGCAAAACUCAGUCAGCACUCCUAUCCGUAGGACGACAAAUCCCUUUGAUUCUGACUCUGAUUCUGAAGUGCCCUCAAGACCAUCAAGGGCACAAUCAGCUCCAACACAGCACACCAAUCAAUCUGUGCAAGAAUUGGAAGAUUACACUCUACGUAAAGCAGAAGAAACCUCAAGCAAAGCAAAUGAUUGUGUUAGGGCAGCCGAAGCUAUUAGGGAAGAUGCGACACAAAUCCUUCUGACUUUGCAUCGACAAGGUGAACAGAUCACUCACACUCAUCGAGUAGCGGCUGACAUCGAGCACGACCUUACCAUGAGUGAGAAGCUUUUGGGAAGUCUAGGAGGACUAUUUUCGAAGACAUGGAGGCCAAAGAGAAAUCAACAUAUAAAAGGCCCUGUUUCACAGAAUAGUUCUUUUAAGAGUACAACGAACCAAAUGGAGCAGAGGCAGAAUCUUGGUAUUGGCUCAAGACCUCAACAAUUUCCCAGUUCUGUACAUAGUGCGCCUGCAACUGCGAUGAACAAAAUUAAGGCUGAGAAAGCAAGGCAAGACGAUGCAUUUGCAGACUUGAGUAACAUGUUGGAAAACCUGAAGGAUAUGGCACUGGAUAUGGGUACAGAAAUCGAUAGGCAAAACAAAUCACUGGAUACUUUCAGCGACGACGUUGAUGAGCUCAACUUCAGAGUCAAAGGUGCGAACCAACGGGGGCGUCGGUUGCUUGGGAAGUGA